UCUCACCAGGCACGAAUAUAAUGUUGCAUGAAUGAACAAAGAACAGAUUUACAUGUGGCUGAAUUCGGCUUGGAGACGAACCUAGCCUUGGUACUGGGAAGAAACGACCGUCCCAAAAUGUAAAUGCUGAGUCGUUGUCCUCCCGAAGAACAAUAGUAGCGAAUUUUGCCAAUCCCCACCUCACGAAAGCCUUGUUCACAAACUCACGAACAAACACCCAUCCAGAUUCCUUUGAAAGUCAGCAUAGUAGACACCAGAUUUAAAGAAUCAUGGCCGCCGAAGACUCUUCGGCACCGCCAUCUGCUCGGUUUGAAGAGGUUCUUACCAUCUCGAACCGGAUCGAAGAGUUAUCAAAUUCUGAAAACGAGUACGAGGAAAUGGGGACAGUCGCCAACGAACAUGAGUCCGCAAAUAUCGCGUUCAUCAACAGCAUAACUGUACCUAUACGAGAUAAGUUUCAGACCGAAACGUCUAUGGUCCAGGAUGACACUCUGGGAGAAGUGCUUCUCUUCCUAGAGGGCAAUCCUAAUGACUUUCCCCUCAACAACUUCGGCCUCCCACAACUUCAACGGGCCAAACACAAGAGCUUUCUGGAGAAAGCUAUUGGCGACUAUGAACCUCAUAUGGCACCUCUUGAUGCGGCACGGCCAUGGUACACAUAUUGGAGUUUGCAAGGACUAUCGGCCUUGGGCGAGGAUGUAAGCACAUACAGAGACCGAGUCAUAGCUACAUUCAAACAAUGCCAACACCCCGAGGGUGGAUUUGGUGGAGGCUACGGUCAUCUUCCGCAUCUGGCAGCAACGUAUGCGGCAACUCUCAGCAUCGCUAUGGUUGGUGGAGAAGCAGCGUAUGAGUGUAUCAAUCGCAAGGCUAUGUGGCACUUCCUGGGCCGCAUGAAGCAAGCCGAUGGUGGAUUCACGAUGGCGCCUGGUGGCGAGGAAGAUAUUCGUGGCGCAUUCUGUGCACUAGUUGCCAUGUCACUAUUGAACCUUCCACUCGAACUACCCCCAGAUGCACCCGCGAGACAACAAGGACUCACUAAUUUCCUUGACAAUCUAGGGGACUGGGUGUCGAGGUGUCAGACAUAUGAGGGUGGAAUUUCAGCAGCCCCUGGAAACGAAGCACAUGGAGCCUACGCAUUCUGCGGACUUGGAUGUUUGUCAAUCAUGGGUCCUCCAAAGGAGACACUGAACAAGUAUUUGGAUGUCCCUAGCCUAAUUCACUGCCUUUCGUCUCGACACUGCGCACCAGAGUGCGGGUACAAUGGUCGUACCAAUAAAUUAGUCGACGGUUGCUACUCACACUGGAUUGGAGGCUGCUGGGCUCUUGUCGAAGCAGCUGCCGGGAAAGGUCUCUGGAAUCGUGGAGCACUUGGCCGAUAUAUCCUUUCAGCUGCACAGUUCAAGAAAGGUGGCCUGAUUGACAAGCCAGGCAAGAGACCAGAUAGUUACCAUACAUGCUACAACCUAUCAGGACUGAGUGCUGUUCAGCACGAAUACGUCUUCGACGAGGAUGUGAACAGCGAUAUAGGGCAGGAUAACUUGGGAGCACCUUUCCACUGGAAGGCAGAGAAGCAGGUGGAAGAAGGAAAGGUCUGGGGCGAUGAGGACGUGGUUGCAGAAACCCACCCCGUCUUCGUCAUACCCAGCCAGGCUGCUACAGAUUGCAGGAAAUACUUCGAGGCAAAUCCGGGUUUCUGAUUGAAUCUACAUUUUUGAGAUAGCAACAUUGGGUCUGAUUGCAACGCAAUGUUGAGGAUAGGAACUUAACACGUAUAACAUGCGACAAUCGUAUGAUACCA